GCGGGGAGCCGGGGGCUCAUGAAUAUGCAAUCUCUGGGUAGCCCCGCCCCCGUCGCCACGGAGACAGCUCCCACGCGCUGCCUGAAGUGGCCCUGCCGAGGCUGCUCGGGCCCAAGAGGGGGCCAGGGGUGGGGGGGCCCCGCCCUGGGCUGUGAGAGGAGCUGAGGUGGCUGAGAAGCCCAGCUCGAUGGAGCCUCCUUGGGACGGCGGCCAGCGAGGCCCGCGGACGGGGGCCGCCGGCGUGCGGGUGACGGACGUGAGCUGGCGCGGCCGGCAGAACCCCCGGCCCCGGAGCAGGGCCGGCGGCGGCGCCGAGACGCUGAUGGACGAGUACCUGUCGCCGGCUCGGCUGAAGGCUCUGGCUCAGGUGGAGGAUCUCCAGGACGUGACGAUGCUGGAGAUGUGUGUGGACACCCGCGAGAACAGCCUGGGGAACUUCGGUGUCCACGUGCCCAACCUGAGUCAGCUGAAACUGAACAACAGCCUGCUGUCUUCCAUCAGGGACCUGGGCACAUCGCUGGCUCGCCUGCAGAUUCUGUGGCUGACUCGCUGCGGGCUGGCCGAUCUGGACGGGAUCUGCUCCCUUCACUCACUAAAGGAGCUCUACAUGUCCUACAACAACAUUUCCGACCUGAGCCAGAUCUCUCUGCUGGAGCACCUGGAGGUUCUGGACCUGGAGGGCAACAAUAUCGAGAACAUGGAGCAGGUGCGCUACCUGGGCCUCUGCAAGAAGCUGAGCAUGCUCACUCUGGAGGGGAACCUGAUCUGCCUGAGGCCAGAGCCCGAUGCAGCUGAGGCCCCAGACUAUAACUACAGGGCUGAAGUGAAGAAGCUCAUUCCCCACCUCCAGUUCUUGGAUGAAGUGCCUGCCAACCAGACCUCCCUCCAGGUCUCUCGAAAGCUCGACAAGGACUGGCUCAUCGUCAAGGAGUCCAUCAAGGAAAGCAACGUGGUACAGAACGGCUCUCGGUUUGGCUCAGCAGCAGGGCAGAGGCUCAGCCCCAGGCUGAGGCUGUCCACGAGCCCCCUCCCCCCGGCCUCGCGGCUGUGGCCCCUCCACACGGGCCGGCCCCCCUGGGCGCCCUCGCCGGCAUCUCCCGGCAGCCCCUUCCUGGAAGCGCUGAUCCCCGAGGAGCCGGCCUCGGACUCCGACUCCAGCGACCUGACCCAUGGCGUCAGCCGCGUCCUCUGCGGAAACCCCAUCAAGGGCCUGCAGGAGCGCCGGCAGAGGCUUCAGGAGCCCAGUGGACUCUCCAUGCCCCAGCCUUUAGCCCUGGCAUCUGGGAAGUCGCCCAUUCAGGGCCUCGAGCCCUCCGGGAGGGCAGAGGACGGCCCGGCCUGGCCCCCAACCCUCUGGGCAGAGCUCAAGGCUUGGAAGGAGCAGCAGCGGCGGCGCUCCCAGGAGGAAGUGGACGACUCCAUCGAGCUGAAUGAGCAGGAGGAAGAGCAGAAGGCCAAGGCCGCGAGUCCCCUCGGGUCCUGCCCAGGCUCCCCAGGCUCUGCCGCAGAUCCGUCCAAAGUCCUGCGCGGGAGCAGAUGGCUAGCGGGGCCCGGCGGCCCCCUGGUCCCUUCUGCCCUCAAGCACCCCUCCCCUCCCCCGCUGCCUAGCCCCAGUGGACGGUCCAGGCCCGAGCUUCGGGGCAGGCGCCUGAACCUCAACCUCAGCCCGCUGGCCAGCUCGGAGUCAGGGGCCCACCUGGGGGAGCGGCUGGCUGUGCUGCCACCCUUCAGGGGCCUCACAGCCCUGAGAAGCCCGGGAGCCCAGAGCCACCCAGAGCCUCGAGGGCUCGGAGCCACCGUGAGGCCUGCAUCCAUAGAGCCCAAGCUCAGCCCGAAGGCCCUCAGGCAGGUGGGGGCCCUGUCUUUGGCCCCCCGCGCACCCUCCUCCCCCCUGGAGCCGGCCUUCUCCCUCUUCAGACACCGGGCCGAGAGAAGGGUGCCCGUCGUCCACCCGGCAGCCAAGACCCCCGAGAAGAUGUCUCUGCCGGCCCCCGGCCGGCCCGCCCUGCACAGGCUGUCCAGCCUGCCCGGAGUGGGGCCUCCGACGCCCCCGACACACCUCCAGAGGAAUCCCAAGUCCUAGCGGGCGGCAGGGCCGGCCUGAAAGGGAAGGGAGGCCGCGGAGAGCCGGCGCCAGCUCCCGGCCCGGCUGCCAAUCACUCUAGUCGCGGCUGGCCAGAAACGGGGUUUAUUUUCGGGGAUCGCCGGUCAAUAGAGAAAUUACGCAGCCGA